AUGGGGAUCCCUGGACUUAUCAAUGCCAUUGGCUCUGGAGAACGCAUUUCUCUGUCCAGAUUGGCCAUCACCCAUUUGGAGAGAACAUCCAGACCUAUCCGAAUCGCUGUUGAUGUCUCGAUAUGGCUAUUCCAGGUCCAGGCUGCUCGAGGUGGCACAAACCCCGAACUACGUACGUUGUUCUACAGACUGCUUAAGCUGCUAGCAUUGCCAAUCCAUCCUCUAUUUGUGUACGACGGAAAAGAAAAGCCACCCUUUAAAAGAGGAAAGGCAUCGGGAGUUAGUUAUGGGAGUUUACCAAUUAUUCGACUGUCCAAGCUUCUGGUGGAUCUUUUUAAAUUUCCGCGUCAUGAUGCUCCGGGAGAGGCGGAAGCUGAGUGUGCAAGAUUGCAAACUGCCGGUAUCGUGGAUGCAGUGAUGAGCAAUGAUGUUGACGCCCUCAUGUUUGGGUCAACGUUGACUGUGAUGAACUUUUCCAAGGAGAGUGGUAGCGGUACCACUGCCGCUACGCAUGUUACUUGCUACCACAUGGAUAACCAGAACAGCGCGUCCAGUCUGGCGCUCGAUCGUGCGGGCAUGAUCUUAUUUGCGAUGCUCAGUGGAGGCGACUAUCUCCCGUCUGGUGUUCCCAAGUGCGGGAGCAAACUGGCCGCAGAAAUCGCAAAAGCUGGAUUCGGCGCGGAUCUCCUAGAGGUCAUCGAUUCGGACGGUGCGGACCUCGAACCAGGCUUAGCAGAAUGGAGAGAAAGGCUUCAAUAUGAGCUGGAAGAGAAUGAGAGUGGCUAUUUCCAAAAAAGGCACAAGGCGGUUCGGAUUCCAGAAACGUUUCCGGACAAAACAAUUCUGUCGUGUUAUGCCAAACCUGUGGUGUCCACAGAGCAAGACUUAGAUAUUCUGCGACAUCGCCUUGUAAACGCCUGGGAUCAGGACAUUGAUGUCGUGAAACUGCGAAGGUUUGCGGCAAAUACUUUCGAGUGGAACUAUCGCUCCGGGGCCAGGAAGAUGAUCAGACUAUUGGCCGAGCCUCUCGUCACUUACCGACUUCGUCUGCAAAAAUCGCCAUCUGCCUUUGCUGACGAUGAGCCGAGACUAUCAAAUAGUGACGCACCCAUGUUGCAGAAAGUCUAUAAAAGCCGAACUAGUUUUAGCACGGACGGUUUGACGGAAUUGCAGUUGGACUAUAUUCCCAUUGAUGUUGUUGGGUUGGAUCUGCUUGCUGAAGAACCCAAUCCCCCACUGCACUCCCAGGAAACGACGGUCUCGGAUGAGGAGGAGGAGGAGGUUCUGGAAGAAACUGUUCCGCAGUCGCCAGCGAAGAAACGUGUUUCGAAGCGUUACGACCCAAUUUCUUCCCAGAAGAUAUGGGUUUUUGAAUCCCUGGCCUUGAUAGGUAUUCCAGACGUAGUGGAAAGAUGGAAAAAGGACGUGUCUGAAAAGUCUGCGCCGAAGAAGUCGACUUCCCGGAAGACAGGCCCUCGGAAGAAGGGCCCAAUUGACCCAGGCAUGAAGCGAGGAAGCAUCCUCAAGUACGGAACUCUUACCAAGGAACGUUCGGAAAUCUCUCAAUUUCACAAAUCUCAGCUUUUUGAAGCAGCUAUUUCGAUGACACCAACGGAGGAUAGCCCGUCAAUGUUCGUACAUCGAGGCUCACCGACUACCCCCGGUCGAUCAUUUGGCAAAGACGCGAGUUCGCAGUAUAUGUCGACUUUUGGUCGAGAUGUCGAAUUUGAUGAUCUUGCUGACAGGUUUUCUUCGUCCUGCAGUGUUUCGUCCGAUAUACCUAUUAAAAGAAACCCAAUGGUCACCCGAUCUGGUGUUUCGGGAGGACAGAGGGUAGUUUGUUCUGGUGAUGCUGGGGCAGAAAUUUUAGAUAUUUCGUGCCCUGAGCUAUCUUUAGGAAGUUCUUCACCGGCAGCCUUGUCUAGGAUUCGCAUGAGUUUCUCUAAUGCUAGCUAUGAGGACGUGCCGCUAGCAGAUACUGCAACAUCCUCAUCCAGAGAUGCAUCUCGCCGUCUCCUGUUGAAAUCUGAUCGACAGCCACCUAAACACCGGGGGUCCUGUGAGCUAUUGGAAUUGGAGCAAGCCGUAUCUCCAAUCGAUCUCGAUGCUGGUAGUCCGAGAAAAAGUGCGAAAUCCCGCUCACAGCCGGAUGUGUGCCCCCAAAGGGCGCCGCGAAGACAGAAAGCCAAGAAGACAAACCCCAUCCUUGAGUAUGUGGAUGAUCAAACUUCCUCUCCUCCCACGAUACCAGAAGCAGUUAGUCCUUCCCGUAUCCAAGACUUGUUGGAGAAAAAGGCCCUCGACAUGCCUUCGCUACGAAAACAACUCAAAGAUUCUCCCCAAAAUUGGGGGGAUUACAAGCACGACAUGCCCUCCAAACCUGACGCCAAGAAGCCAGUCAAAUUGAGUGACACCGAAUCGGCUGUUGAAGAGGGUUCACACGUGGAGUCUAUUGUAGCAUACGACGGGUACUGGACGGUUGACACUGGCCCGGAAUCUGAGCUGGUCUCGGAUGCAUCCAGUGCGCGAUCUGAGAGCAAGAAAUCUGGUCGAAAGCAGCAGUUUAAGCGUGUGAGAGUGUUGGACCUGAGGUAA